AUGCAGUUCAUCGCCGUCUUCAUUGCUACCCUGGCCGCUGUUGCCUCUGCCUCCCAGACCGCCGAGAAGCGUUCCUGCGUCGCCAACUACGAGGUUGCCUGCAACUCUGGCAAUGCCUGCUGCGAUGGCUGGCAAUGUGUCGGCGCUACUGAGUGGAACGCCGGUGUUUGCAUCCCUAACUACUAG